AUGGUUACAAUGUUAGAGAAGAUUAGGUUGUUGUUGAUUGAAACAGUUCAAAAAAGAAGAGAUGCAAUGCAAAGACACAAUGGUCCCAUAUGUCCUAAAAUUCAAGAUCAUUUAGAGAAAAUGAAAGUGGAUGCAAGUGGAUGGAUUCCUAGAUGGAAUGGCAAUGAGCAAUUUGAGGUUGUAGGGCCAUAUGGUGAGCGACACAAGCUGGACUUGCAAUCUUGGACUUGUGGCUGCACGGAGUGGGAUCUGUCAAACAUUCCAUGUGCCCAUGUUGUGGCUGCUACAAAUUUCUUGGGUCAAGAACUAGAAAAAUAUGUUCAUCAAUACUACAAGGUAGAGACUUAUUUGAAGAUCUAUGUCAAUAUGUUGACUCCUAUUAAUGGUAGAGAAAUGUGGCCAAGAACUGAGUAUGCAAAGGUGCUGCCACCUGAUGUGAAAAAGAGAGUUGGGAGGCCUAAACAAAAUAAAAGAAAGGAGACUGAGGCACCAAUUCAAGGCAUAAAGCUAGGAAGGCAGGGCACUAAAAUGACUUGUAAUAAUUGUGGGAAGGUGGGACAUAACAGGAGAAGUUGCAAGCUUAAGGGCAGAUUCAGCUACAUGCAAGAAAGCCAACCUCAGGGGAGCCAAACUAAACCAAGCCAACCUCAGAGCCAAUUAACUGCAGAAGCACCUGAGGUCAAGAGACACAUGAGACAGAAGAAACUGGCUAUUAGUUAA